AUGAAUCAAGCUUCAAUUCCAACGAAGCGGCCAAUUACGAAUGGCUUCACAGCCGAACGACCAGACUUUGAGAACGAGCUCCUCUUGAAAAGAAAAACCUACAUAUUCAGCCGCUGCACCUAUGAAAAUCAUCCAGUACUUUACGUACUGAGUAAGACUGAGCCAGAACUACAUAAGCGUCUAGAUUACGCAUUGCAGAUCUUUUCCCAUAAACUAGCUCCUGAACAUCGUUUCGAUGCCAUGGUCCCAAGCAUUGCCAAAAAACUCGUUAAAAGCGUCAUGAAUUAG